AAUUCCCAACAUUUGCGAUGGCUCUUUAAUGAAUCUUUGACAAGAGGGUAUCCUUUCCGGCGCAAUAUUCUGUGACGCUGAUUUUAUGAGAUCUCGGGGAGUAAUUAGAUCAGGUAGCACAAUGUUAUAUGAUGUACGAUUACAACAAUUUAUUUAUUUGUAUCUCGGCGGCCUGUUGUUUUUAGCGGGGCUCGAUCAGGUAGAAGCGGCCGCCACCGAAAUGGCCAACCUGAACUGGAAACCGUUCAUCUACGGAGGGAUGGCUUCGAUUGUCGCAGAAUUUGGUACGUUCCCCAUAGACCUGACUAAGACGCGGCUGCAGGUGCAGGGCCAGUCCCAGUACAUGGAGGUGCGCUACCGGGGCAUGUUCCACGCCCUGUUUAAGAUCGGCAAGGAGGAGGGCAUCAAGGCACUGUACUCUGGCAUCUCCCCAGCUCUCCUGAGGCAAGCCUCCUACGGGACCAUCAAGAUCGGGACCUACAACACACUCAAGAGGUUAUUUGUGACCCAUCCGGAAGAUGAGACUAUGGUGAUCAAUGUGUUCUGUGGAGUGGUGUCUGGAGUCCUGUCCUCCUCUCUGGCCAACCCCACUGAUGUUGUCAAGAUCCGCAUGCAGGCCCAGGGCAGUCUGUUACAAGGCAGCAUGAUGUCGAACUUCAUAAACAUCUACCAGACAGAGGGAACCCGUGGCCUGUGGAGGGGCGUCAUCCCUACAGCUCAGCGGGCAGCCAUCGUAGUGGGAGUGGAGCUUCCUGUCUAUGACAUCACUAAGAAGCACCUCAUCAAGUCUGGCACCAUGGGAGACACCAUACUCACACACUUUAUUUCCAGUUUUAUGUGUGGCCUGGCGGGGGCGCUAGCCUCCAACCCAGUGGACGUGGUGCGGACGCGUAUGAUGAACCAGCGAGUGCUGUCAGGGAAUCCCAUGUAUAAAGGCACGCUGGACGGAUUGAUGCAGACCUGGAAGAACGAAGGAUUCUUUGCCCUCUACAAGGGCUUCUGGCCCAACUGGCUGCGUCUGGGGCCAUGGAACAUCAUUUUCUUCAUCACGUUUGAGCAGCUGAAGAAACUCCCCUUAUAGUUGAACAGGGAGUGGACACUCCGUCGGACCAGAGUCUAUCAGAGCGCGGGAAACACCCCAGCCCCUUGUCUUCGUUUCAUUCACAAUCCCUCCCUCGUCACACAAUCUGUAUGUGCAUGCUCAUCUAAGUUUUAUUUGAACUUUUAAUAAUAUAUAUAUUUUUUUUAUACAAUUUUUAAUGUUCGUUUUUUUUUAAAGCACUUCCUCAUACUCAUUAACCAUCCUUGAUGCCACUCCUGGCAGCUAAAGCUUAGGAUUGUAGCUGAGGACGGAAGCCCGUUUUUACCAUAAGGUAUUAGCUAGGUACGCUGACUGCCAGCUUGUUACCAUUUUAAAGUGAGCUUGUGGGAAAAGGAGGAGGACUAUCCAAGGCGGAACGGUAACUGGAGAUCUACUUGAGCUUUUUUAGGGAUGUGGAAUAGGCCUCUGAUUGUGUCUGACUAGUUUUUUAAACACAUCUCUAUACUGCCUGGGAUGUGCAAGAAAAAGACAAUGGCUGUUAAAUGUAUAGGAUUGGGGUUUUGCCUGUCUGAUCUGACGUUUAAAUAAUGUCUUCAAUGUUUUGGGCAGGGCUAGCUAGAAGAGGAUGCGAUGCAUGGCAGGUUAACCGAGUUGUUAUUGUCAGACAAUUUAUUCUCAAUGAUUUACCUGGGUAAGUAAAGGUUACAGUAGGUGCUGCUUAGUCUGUUAGAGGAACUCAGGACAACGGUGACCCUCAUGAAAAAAUAAUAUACUAUGGUUAAAAUACAUUGUAGUGUUUUUGCUGCCUUUACUGUAGUUUUGCUCACAUUACUGUAAUAUUUAGUGCUGUGUUUUUGUGGUUUAUAGUAUACUGUAGUAUUUACUAUAGUAUUUUACAUUAUACUAAAAUAUUCUAUAGUAAGUAUUACAAAUGAUUCAAGUAUACUGCAGUGUAGUAUCGUAUACUAUAGUUUACUACAGAAUUCUAUAGUAAGUACUGCAGUAUUCUAUAGUAAACUAGUAUUUUUUUAAUGUGGGGAGACUAUAUGUAUGGUUAGUAAGAUGAGAUGGGAAUUUAGUCCAAUGUUGAACCAAAGCCUCUAUUGGGUACCCGGAGAGUGACUUUGCGUUCUGUACAUUUCACCACAACCCCUUUGUGUGAAGUAGAGGUGUCUGCUGUUGUCUGGAACACUAAACAUGCACAGGAAUGGAAACACUUUCUGGGACCUGCCUGAUUGUCAUGGUGAUUCCCAUGAAAGUAUACUGAACAAAAAUAUUAACAACAUGCAACAGUUUCAAAGAUUUUGCUGAGGUACAGUUGAAGUUGGAAGUUUACAUACACUUAGGUUGGAGUCAUGAAAACUCGUUUUUCAACUACUCCACAAAUUUCUUGUUAACAAACUAUAGUUUUGGCAAGUCUGGUUAGGAAAUCUACUUUUUGCAUGACACAAGUCAUCUUUCCAACAAUUGUUUACAGACAGAUUAUUUCACUUAUAACUCACUAUCACAAUUCCAAUGGGUCAGAGGUUUAUAUACACUAAGUUGACUGUGCCUUUUAAACAGCUUGGAAAUUUCCAGAAAAUUAUGUCAUGGCUUUAGAAGAUUCUGAUAGGCUAAUUGACAUAAUUUGAGUCAAUUGGAGGUGUACCUGUGGAUGUCUUUCAAGGCCUACCUUCAAACUCAGUGCCUCUUUGCUUGACAUCAUGGGAAAAUCCAAAUCAGCCAAGACCUCAAAAAAAUUGUAGACCUCCACAAGUCUGAGUCAUCCUUGCAAGCAAUUUCUAAAGUUAAUGCUUGGUCGCAAAUGGGUCUUCCAAACGGACAAUGACCCCAAGCAUACUUCCAAAGUUGUGGCAAAAUUACUUAAGGACAACAAAGUCAAGGUAUUGGAGUGGCCAUGACAAAGCCCUGACCUCAAUCCUAUAGAACAGUUGUGGGCAGAACUGAAAAAGCGUGUGUGAGUUAGGAGGCCUACAAACCUGACUCCGUUACACCAGCUCUGUCAGGAGGAAUGGGCCAACAUUCACCCAACUUAUUGUGGGGAGCUUGUUGAAGGCUACCCAAAACGUUUGACCUAAGUUAAACAAUUUAAAGGCGAUGCUACCAAAUACUAAUUGAGUAAACUUGUAAACUUCUGAACCACUGGGAAUGUGAUGAAAGAAAUAAAAGCUGAAAUAAAUAAUUCUCUCUACUAUUAUUCUGACAUUUCACAUUCUUCUAAAUAAAGUGGUGAUCCUAACUGACCUAAGACAGGGAAUUUGUACUAGGAUUAAAUGUCAGGAAUUGUGAAAACUGAGUUUAAAUGUAUUUGGCUAAGGUGUAUGUAAACUUCCGACUUCAACUGUAUGGAAAUCAGUCAAUUGAAAUAAAUUAAUUAUUGCCCUAAUAUAUGGAUUUCACAUGACUGGGCAGGGGCGCAGCCAUGGGUGGGCGUGGGAGGGCAUAGGCCCACCCACUUGGGAGCCAGGCCCAGCCAAUCAGAAUGAGUCUCUAAAGCACAGGUGUCAAACUCAUUCCACGGGGGGCCGAGUGUCUGCGGGUUUUCGCUCCUCCCUUGUACUUGAUUGAUGAAUUAACAUCACUAAUUAGUUAGGAACUCCCCACACCUGGUUGUCUAGGGCUUUAUUGAAAAAGUGACGGAGGCGGCUUAUGGUAGAGAAAUUAAUAUUAAAUUAUCUGGCAACAGCUCUCAUGGAUAUUCCUGAUGUCAGCAUGCCAAUUGCACGCUCCCUCAACUUGAGACAUCUGUAGCAUUGUGGUGUGUGACACAACUGCACAUUUUAUUGUCCCCAGCACAAGGUGCACCGGUGUAAUGAUAAUGAUGUUUAAUCAGCUUCUUGAUAUGCCACACCUGUCAGGUGGAUGGAUUAUCUUGACAAAGGAUAACAUGCUCACUAACAGGGAUGUAAACAAAUUUGUGCACAAAAUAUGAGAGAAAUAAGCUUCUUGUGCGUAUGGAACAUUUCUGGGAUCUUUUCUUUCAGCUCAUGAAACAUGGGACCAACACGUUACAUGUUGUGUUUAUAUUUUUGUUCAGUGUACAUUAUGUAAAUGUAUGUACAGAGAUACUUUAGAGAAUCUGCUUUGAAUUUUUAUUUUGAGCUUUGAGUAAAGCCCUGAAUGGACUAGGAUGUGGGGGCUGUUGUGCCAAAGUGUGCAUGUUCUGUACUGUAACUGUACUUUAUUGGACCACUGUUGCAAAGCGCCAUCUGAGUACGUCAGUUGCCAAAGUAUCAGGAGAACUGUACUGUUACAUUCUUACUCAGGCCUUAUACUUUACUUUCAUGAUCAUGUUUAUAAUUUACAUGAUGCCUGAUUCUGCACCUCUGCCUCAUGUCCCAUGGCCAUGUUGAUUUUUAUUAGAAUUACUAGUUUUGUUGCUUAAUAUGUUGUUUCAGCAGUCAUGCAUUACUGAACAGUCAAGCUUUUUAGCUUUUAUCUAUGUGUCUUUACAAUGAUGUAAUACACUUUUUUCCCCACAGAGAAUCAGAAAGUACUUUACGAGUAACUUUUAUUGAAUUUCUUUCCAAAGCAUUAUCUAUUUUUUUUACAUUUAAAUUGCAUGAUCAUGUUUUCCCAUAUGAACUUAACAAAACACAUUAUUGAAGUCUUGAACCUGUUGCCCCUUUACUCAGCAAUGCAGAGUAUGUUAUUUACUUUUUCUCUCAUUCCUGUUUAAACACUUGGCAGGGCUUACUGCAUGCUUUUACUUACAGUAUGUGAGCAUGUCUAGCUUAGGAACAACAUUGCUGCUGUUUUUUAUGAUUUAUUGGACAAUUAUUGUUUUCAUUGGCUCCAGCUGCAUUUUGCUGUCAACCACAAAUUGAUUAUUACUUUGGUAUAUAUUAAUACAUGCUUGGGUGAUCAUUUUCAGUUGUCAAUUCAGGGAGUGAUUUUAACUUCAAAUUCAAGAAUAAAUCCAUUUUUAAAUUAGGAUUUUUUUCUAUAAUUGUAUUGGAAUUUGAGAAUUGACCCCAACCCUGAAUCCAGUAUAGGCUUUAUCUUCAUCGUCCUGUCUUUCUAUUAUGAAAAUAGAAAAUGACAGUACAAUGUUGUUACCUUUUUGACUGCUUAGACUUGCCUUGCUGUAUUGUUAUAUUUUGACGGCUAUCUUAUUUAUUUCUGUUUUUCAUGGUUAUAUUCUCUAUUGCUGUGUGACUCAGCUGGCUGAAACACUGUUUGGUCUCUGUCAAAUAUUUCAGCCUGUCAUUACCUGGUCAUUUGCACUUUGGUCAAAAGUCUGUUGAUUUUAAAACUGUAUUUGCAAUCAAAUAUCAUCUUGCUUGUUUAGUCAAUUGAGUGUUUAGUUGGUUAAUUGUGUAAACUAUUUUCAGUGAAAGAUUUGAUUUGGCUUUGUAUAAAUAACUUGAUUAAAUGUACACGCCUAAAUAAAAUGAAUUGUAUUUAUUUUUAAGCACCCAG